AUGCGCGCCUCAUCACUCGGACGCUGCGCCACCGUGGCACUCGCCGUGCUCCUCGCCGCAGUAGCGGCUGCGGCUCCGGCAGCACGGACGAAGAACGAAUGCCACGCCGGCGACAAGGCGGCGCUGCUGGCCAUCAAGGCGGGCUUCGGCAACGCCUCCUACUUCCAGUCGUGGACUCCGGACAACCCCUGCUGCGAGUGGAUCAGCGUCUUCUGCGACCUCUCCGCCUCCCCGUACACCUUACGCCGCGUGGUGGCCGUCUCCUUCCUCCGCGACGCCAGCCUCGUGGGGCCCUUGCCCGGCGCCUCCGUCGCCCGCCUCACCGCGCUGCAGCAGCUCGUCCUCAUCCACGUGCCGGGCGUGAACGGCACGCUCCCGCGCGACCUCGCCCGGCUUUCCAACCUCAACUUCAUCGACGUCUCCUACACGGGCAUAUCCGGCCCCGUGCCUCCGUUCCUGUCGAGGCUCACCAAGCUCACCUACCUCAGGCUCUCCUUCAACUCGCUCACGGGCCCCAUCCCGGCGUCGCUCGCCGACGUCCCCAACCUCUCCUUCCUCGACCUCGGCGGCAACCGCCUCAAGGGGACCAUACCGCAUCUCCUCCUCGGCAGGACCAACGACACGGCCUACCUCAGCCUCUCCCACAACAACCUCACCGGCGGCGUCCCCGCCGACUUGGCCGCCGUGAGGUUCUCAAGCCUCGACCUGUCGCACAACGCCCUCGCCGGCGAGGCCUCGGUCCUGUUCGGCCUGAACAAGUCGCUGGAGAAGCUGGACCUGUCGCGCAACUCCUUCAGCUUCAACCUCUCUGCAGUGACGCUGCCGUCGCAGCUCGGCAUGCUGGACAUCAGCCACAACGACGUCUACGGUGUGCUGCCCCCGCAGGUGGCCACGCUGCAGUACUUGAACGUCAGCUACAACCGCCUCAGCGGCAGAGUGCCCAUCGGCGGCAACAUGGAUCGGUUUGAUCAGUACUGCUUCCAGCACAACAAGGGACUGUGUGGGACUCCACUUCCUCCCUGCAAGUGA